UGAUGCAGGAAUUGAUAAAUCAAGACUAUUGACUGAAUUUCUAAGAAUAGCUCAAUCUGCAGUUACAGAUUCAGAUAAAGUUUCUGAUUUAACAGUGUUUCUGAUGAUUGAUGAUAUCCAGAAAUUAAUGUAUUUAGAUAGUGAUGGCUUUAACAAAUCCGGUAUAUUCUAUAGUUACCUCUUAAUAAUUGCUUCAAUGGUCAUAAGUAAUCCAACUUUUAUCAUUGCAUAUUGUUCAGCUACUAUUGUAAAACCAAUAGUUGAUAUUCUUGCAAAGUCCCAACAAUUGUGUGUUUUACUUCCUUUUCAUGUUCUUGGCCCUCCUCAACAUGAUGGAAAAAACAUAUUUAACAUAAAGCAUCCUUUGGUUAGAAUUUUAGUUGAAGAUGUAGGUGGUAAUGGUUAUACACUUGAAGCAUUAGAAAUACGUAUUCCUGCUGAUAUUGAUAAAUGUUAUAUUGGGGAACUUAUGCAUAAUAUAAUUUCUGAUAUUGCACAAUUAUUUUCUGAAGUACUUGAUAAUUCAUCUCAUUAUGGGGCAAUUUUGAAAGCAAUUUUGGGACAUAUUCCAAUACGCAAAAAUGAAAUUGUAUCUGGAACACCAUAG